CAAACUCCGCUGUUUAGAGAUCGGUGAAAGAUGAGGAGCUGCUCUCUUCCACGCAGCGAGGCAGAAGACGGAUUUAAAGUUCAACUUCAAAUCACGGAAACACGGAGAAACGACAGCUCAGCAAUGAAAUGUAUGUCUUUGAGUGUGCGUGUAACUAUCAACUGAACCCUGCCUGCGAGCAUCCUACGCUGAUCCUGAAUCUGCUGACACUGGACUCCUUGCUCACUUCUGACAUCCAGUGUCAGCAGCCGGUGCUUUGAAGAUGAUCAAUUCCCAGAUAUACCUCCACUACAACUACACAGGGAAACUGGACCACCGGCCCAGCAUCGGCACAAGCCAGGGCACCGUGGACACCAAGACCGUCGUUUUCCUCAUCAUAUGCAGCUUCAUCGUCCUGGAGAACCUCACCGUGCUGGUGGCCAUAUGGAGAAACCAGAGGUUCCACAACCGCAUGUACUUCUUCAUCGCUAACCUGGCACUAUGCGACCUGCUGGCUGGAGUCGCUUACCUGGUCAACCUGCUCCUGUCGGGAGAGAAGACCCUGCAGCUCUCACCUGCUCUCUGGUUUGUCAGAGAGGGAAGCAUGUUUGUAGCACUUGGUGCCUCCAUUUUCAGUCUCCUGGCUAUUGCUAUAGAGAGACACCUGACUAUGAUCAAAAUGAGGCCUUAUGAUGCCAACAAGAACUACAGAGUGUUUCUGCUCAUAGGGACCUGCUGGUUGAUCGCUAUAUCUCUUGGAGCUUUGCCUAUUCUAGGCUGGAACUGUCUGAACAACCUCCCCGAUUGCUCCACAAUCCUCCCUCUCUACACCAAGAAAUACGUAGCUUUCUGUAUCAUAGUGUUUAUGGUUUUGCUUUUAGCCAUGUCAGUCCUGUAUGCCCGUAUCUACAUCCUGGUUAAGUCCAGCAGCCAAAAGGUGAGCAAGAACAGAAACUCUGAGCAUGCAAUGUCCCUGCUGCGCACUGUCAUCAUUGUAGUUGGGGUCUUCAUCGCCUGCUGGACGCCCAUCUUUAUCCUGCUCCUGGUGGAUGUGGCAUGUGAGCAGCGCUGUUCCAUCCUCUACAAGGCUGACUGGUUCAUCGCAGUGGCUGUGCUUAACUCCGCCAUGAACCCAGUCAUUUACACUCUGGCCAGCCGCGAGAUGAGACGGGCCUUCUUAGGUCUGGUGUGUGGCAUUUGCUACAGGGGGAGGGUUUCUGUCAACGACAGUGGGAACAAGCAGUCUCUGGAGCCCAGCCGCAGCAGGAGCAAGUCGUGGAGCAGCCAGAACAACCCCAACCAGAGCCAGCGGAGCUCCAGGCAGGCGGAGCAGGAGAAGGAGCAGGAGACAGACACGGCCCAUGGCGAGGUGUCAGUGGUGGCAGGAGGGGCUGUUCAGGCCGUCCUUGAGAGUGACAGAAAAGACUGAUAGAAGAGAGAAAGAUACCAUAGGAAGAUGUGGGUGGUCCUAAUGUGUAAACUCAUUGAGUUGUGAUUGAUUUAGGUAUUUCUUUAAUGAAAUGUAGACAUCAGGCAGAGGCUGCAGGGCAGUGGUUUGUCCUUUGUGUUUGAUAUUUUAUACAUUAGCAUUCCAUAUUUGGGACAUUUAUGUCCAAACUUGGCAUUAGACUGAUUCAUUUAUGAGGCCAAUAUGUUCAAUUACACAAUCAAUAGCACCUCAGUAACACCACGUAGAGCUCAUAUUUCAUCACCGUCCAGAGAGAACAAUGAAUCUACAAAUUAGGUUAUUUUACAGGAAACUAAAGGAUAAACCCUUAAUUGGUAGAGAAAAUAAACAGGAAAAUUAAACUAAAAACCUCUUGGAGUAUCUGAAAAAAAUUAUAUUUCUAGCUCAUGAAAAGUGGAUGUUUUAGAGGUGGUUUUUGCAGGACAAUGACAAUUUGUGAACGACUGGUGCUCUAACCUUUGGCAGAAGAAUCAUUUACCUCUGUGGUUACAGACGUGACCAUCUAAGACAAAUAAGUGAAGAGUCACCUACAAUGAAUUAAAGUGCAAUUAUAGUUCUACAAAAUAAUGUAAUGAAGAAUGAUUGUAGACAAUUGUUAGUGUAAUGUCAAACAAUGGUAAUUAUUUAUUAUUCUAUGCAGUCUAAUUUUGUAUUUACUUAGUAAUACUACAGUAUACAGUGCAGUAUACAGUGCAGUUACUGUAAUGAAAACUGCAUUAUUAGUUGUAUAUGUGAUGUAAAUGAGAUAAAAAAAAACACAUGCUAAAGAGUCAAACUUGAUACCCUUUCCAUUAUAACAGUAGCAUCAUUCAAACGUGUUAUUCUGCAAAGAAUUAAUGUAACUGAUGCAGUUCAUUCAACAUCAGUAAGUCAGUGAUACCAGAGCUCCAUCUGCUGGUUAAUAAUGGUAGUUAAUAUCAUCAUUGCUGACAAGAUACCUUCACAACAUUCUGCAUGUUCAGUACAAAAAAUCCUGAUUUUAGUACCAAAUUGAAACUGAAAUUGUGUGAGUGUGUGUG